UCCGAUCCGGGUCUGGCCAUUCCCGGGGCAGGUUUAAAAUAAUGGCUGAAGAUGGCAGUGAGGAGAUUAUGUUUAUUUGGUGCGAGGACUGUGGGCAGUACCACGAUUCAGAGUGUCCUGAGCUGGGCCCAGUGGUGACAGUCAAAGACUCCUUUGUAUUGAGCAGGGCAAGGUCAUCUCUGCCUCCUAAUUUAGAGAUAAGACAGCUGGAGGAUGGGACUGAGGGAGUGUUUGCUCUGACUCAGCUGGUGAAACGUACCCAGUUUGGCCCCUUUGAAUGCAAGAGAGUUCUCAAGCUGGAGAAAGAAUCAGUUUUUCCCCUGAAGGUGUUCCAGAAGGAAGGGCCCCUGGUGUAUUUUGACACCACAAACGAAGAUGAUUGCAACUGGAUGAUGAUGGUGCGCCCCGCCACCGAGUAUGAGCAUCAAAACUUAACAGCCUUCCAGCAUGACAAUGACAUUUACUUCACCACCUGCCAGGACAUCCCCCCGGGAACUGAGCUGCGAGUGUGGUAUGCAGCUUUUUACGCCAAAAAAAUGGAAAAGCCAGUGCUGAAGCAGGUCACUAGUGUUGCCAAUGAUACAUCCUUGGUAGCAAUGGAAUCUGAUAAAGAGGGGAAUAAUAAGGUCUCUUCAAAAUCUUCAUCUGCUGUCUUACCCCAUAAAAAAAACAAGAAAUCCAGCAUACUAGCAGCUGAUCCAGCAGUGAACACUCCAGAAGGCAGUGGAACAGGAGAAGCAAAGCCCAACCUGUGGACGUGUAAAGUGUGUUCAUCUGCUUUCCAAGAGCCCCAGCUGCUGACAGAGCACUUGCUGAGUCACCUGGAACAAGCCAAAGGUGCCUCCCCAAGCAGCCAAAAUGAUGCUGAGAAAGCAGAGAAAGCAGCAGAGGCUGUGCCAGCAGAUCAAACAGUGGCAAGUGAUGCAGCCAGUGCCAGCACAGACUCAAGGAGAAAGGCCAGGAGGGGAAGAAAAGCCAAAACAGCAAAAGUAGAAACACCUCUUGUCAUUGAUGAAGAGAAAGAUUCUACAGUGGAACGUGUGGCUGACGCUGUCACUGAGGUCCCUCCAGAGGAGGUGGCCCUGCCUCCAGCUCCAGAAGAGAGGAUUAUGGACUUGGUUUUAGGAAAGAUGCCCAGCACCACAAACAGCAUCAGCUCAGUGACAAAGUUUGCUCAUCACCAAAACACCAUGUCCCUCAAAAGAAGUUUAAUUCUCUCCAGUAGACACGGGAUUCGGCGGAAGCUGAUAAAGCAGCUGGGGGAGCACAAGAGGGUCUAUCAGUGCAGCAUCUGCAGUAAGAUCUUCCAGAACAGCAGCAACCUCAGCAGGCACAUCCGUUCUCAUGGUGACAAACUGUUUAAAUGUGAGGAAUGUGCAAAGCUGUUCAGCAGGAAGGAGAGCUUGAAGCAACACGUUUCAUACAAGCACAGCAGGAAUGAAGUGGACAGUGAGUACAGAUACAAGUGCACCACAUGUGAAAAGGCCUUUCGGAUAGAGAGUGCAUUGGAAUUCCACAACUGCAGGACAGAUGACAAGACAUUCCAGUGUGAGAUGUGUUUCAGAUUCUUCUCUACAAACAGCAACCUUUCAAAACACAAGAAAAAACACGGGGAUAAGAAGUUUGCAUGUGAGAUCUGCAAUAAGAUGUUCUACAGGAAGGAUGUUAUGCUGGACCAUCAGAGGCGGCACUUGGAAGGGGUGAGGCGUGUGAAGAGAGAAGACUUUGAGCACAGCACGGAGAACAUGGUUCGCUACAAGAAGGAGCCCUCGGGGUGCCCCGUGUGUGGGAAGGUAUUUUCAUGUAGGAGCAAUAUGAACAAACACCUUCUAACACAUGGAGACAAGAAAUACACCUGUGAGAUCUGUGGACGUAAAUUCUUCAGGGUGGAUGUCUUGAGAGAUCAUAUUCAUGUCCAUUUUAAGGACAUAGCCCUAAUGGAUGAUCACCAGAGGGAAGAGUUCAUUGGUAAAAUUGGAAUCUCAUCAGAGGAAAACGAUGACAACUCUGAUGAAAGUGCAGAUUCAGAGCCUCACAAGUAUAGCUGCAAAAGGUGCCAGCUGACCUUUGGCAGAGGGAAGGAGUACCUGAAGCACAUCAUGGACGUGCACAAGGAGAAGGGUUACGGCUGCAGCAUCUGCAACCGGCGCUUCGCCUUGAAGGCCACGUACCACGCGCACAUGGUCAUCCACAGGGAGAACCUGCCUGACCCCAACGUGCAGAAAUACAUCCAUCCGUGUGAAAUCUGUGGCAGGAUUUUUAACAGUAUAGGAAAUCUGGAAAGACAUAAGCUUAUACAUACAGGUGUAAAAAGUCAUGCUUGUGAGCAAUGUGGCAAAUCAUUUGCUAGAAAAGACAUGUUAAAAGAACAUAUGCGAGUCCAUGAUAAUAUCCGAGAAUACUUGUGUGCAGAGUGUGGCAAAGGAAUGAAGACAAAACAUGCCCUUCGUCACCACAUGAAGCUUCACAAGGGGAUUAAGGAAUACGAGUGCAAGGAAUGUCACCGAAAAUUUGCACAGAAAGUCAACAUGCUGAAACAUUACAAGAGACACACAGGAAUCAAAGAUUUCAUGUGUGAGCUCUGUGGCAAGACGUUCAGCGAGAGAAACACAAUGGAGACUCACAAGUUGAUUCAUACAGUAGGAAAACAGUGGACGUGUUCAGUGUGUGAUAAGAAGUAUGUCACUGAUUACAUGCUGCAGAAGCACAUCCAGCUCACCCAUGACAAGGUGGAAGCCCAGAGCUGUCAGCUGUGUGGGACAAAGGUUUCUACCAGGGCGUCCAUGAGUCGACACAUGAGGCGUAAACACCCAGAGAUUCUUUCAGUGAGGAUUGAUGAUUUAGAGCCGCUACCUGAGACAACCACCAUUGAUGCCUCUUCAAUUGGGAUUGUUCAGCCGGAAUUAGCCUUGGAACAGGGUGAACUACCAGAAGGGAAGCAGCACAUAAAAGCUCCUAAACGUGGCCAGAAACGAAAACAAAAGUCAGGUGAGGAGGAGGAAGCUCAAGUGCCUGAGGACCCUGCCUUCAGUGAAUACACAGAGAAGGAAGGUGAAUUCACAGGGAAUGUUGGAGAUGAGACUAACUCAGCUGUACAGAGCAUCCAACAGGUGGUGGUGACCCUCAGUGACCCCAACGUCACAGCCCCCUCCAGCUCCGUGGGACUCACCAACAUCACCGUCACGCCCAUCACCACGGCAGCUGGCACCCAGUUCACCAACCUGCAGCCCGUGGCCGUGGGCCACCUGGGCGCCCCGGAGCGCCAGCUGCAGCUGGACAACUCCAUCCUGACGGUCACCUUCGACACGGUCAGCGGCUCGGCCGUGCUGCACAACCGCCAGAGCGACAUCCAGCUCCCGCCGCAGCCCGAGGCGCCCAACCCCCAGUCCGUGGCCCAUUUCAUAAACCUGACCACCCUGGUGAACUCCAUUGCUCCCCUGGGGAAUCAGAUGACAGAACAGCACCCCCUGAGCUGGAGGUCAGUGCCUCAGACUGAUGUCCUGCAGCCCCCGGCGCCGGCCACGCCGCAGCAGCCGGGCCAGCAGCCCGUUCAGACAGAGCAGCAGCAGCAGCAGAUGUACAGCUACUAAUUUAUACUUGGGGAAGUGCUGGCAUGGACAGUGCUCAGAGACACAUAAAACCACACAGACCUUUGGAAAAUUUCUACUAGGAUUGUUUGCUGGAUACCAAACAGAGACGGGAAAAUGUUUAUCUGAUGAAAUUUAAGCUGAAAUUGGCAGAUCGCCCUGCAACACCCCGGUCUGAGAUUCUCACGCUGUGUCUAGACCUUGCACUGUCUUAAAAAAUAACAGAAAGGAGAAAAAAAAAAGAAAUCUCACCACAAAUUUAGCAGCCCCUUCCAGUUGUGCACUAAGAUUGAGAUUUGACAGGUGCAUCAUCACACACCUUAACCAAAGCAGGGAAAUCCUAAAUUUUGCGGCACUUGUGAUGUACAAAAACCCUUUCAGCCAUACCAUGUCACUUCUUUCCAAGUCUGGAAAUGACAUCUGAAGACCUUGUUCACAGUGGGUGGAAUGUCCUUGUGGUCAGCUGGUAGAGACUGAAACGUGAAGACACAAAGGGGCAAAACAGGAAUUGUCUCUGUUUCUUAUCUUCUUUAGGUCUUGUAUCUAACAACAUCAGUGAAGUAGGUGGAAUUUGGGGUUUUGGGGUGGGCAUGAGUGUGGUGUGGAAGAAAAUAUUACCAAUUAUUUCCAUUUUAGUUAUUGGAAAAACCCUAUACCCAUCAGACAGUGUUAGUGCUGCUUGAGCCAGAGAGCUGGUCUAAUGCUGAAGCAAACUUUUAUGGUCUUCUAGUCAAGUUUUAAUCAAACCAAUUACAAACUGAAAGAAGAAUGUGAUACGGUUUUAUGUAAUUUUUCAAACCUGCUCUUUCAAUCUUGCUUUUAGCUAAUAGGCCUGAAGAGCAAUCAGUCCCCUUUGAUGAAGUUCAGGAUGUGAAUUUUUUUCAAUUAGACUUAUUUCAUCCUGUAAUAAACAUUUGAGAAAGCAUUCUUUUUAUAUAUAUAUACAUACAUAUAUAUAUAUAUAUAUAGCCUUUGUAUUUUACUGUGUGUUCCUGGUGAGUAUUUGUGUGAAAAACACUGUUACCAACACGAUUCAUUAAUUCUUUGAUCCCCAUGUCACCACUUCUCACGGGAAAAAGUUAUGGAUUCUGUUCCUUCUGUUCCCAAAAUUUAUUUCCAAAGUUCACAGCCACACACAAGGCUGUGUGAAGUGCAAGAAAAAGGAAAAGGAAUGUCUGAAGCAUAUUCUGUGUCCUGCCACAUGGAGUCAGUGUGCCCCAGUGUGUGAUGGGCAAGGUUUGCAUGACUGCUGGGGAUGCAGAGCGUGGGUUGGGUCAAACACGUCUGUGCUGACAGAAUCCCUUCAUUUCAUUCUCCAUCCAUGGAUGUGCAGUCUGGACCUGUGCAUGUCAAGAAUAUAGUGUUAUUCCCACAGGGAAAAUGAGCUGGUAGCAAAAAGGAAUAAACUAAAUAUAUAUAUAUAUAUGUAUAUAUAUAAUGUGCAUAUAUAUAUAUAUGUAUAUAUAUAAUGUUGCUUGAAAUCCUGAAGGGCAAACCCUGCUGUGGCUGAAGAAUAGCGUCCUUUGGGGCAGCAGACUGAGCCACAGAACUGUGCUGAAGGGUUUUUUUUCCCCCUGAGGAUAAGCAGCUGCUGUGUCUGACAGUGAGGAUGGAUUGGUGGUUGUAAAAAUCCUGUCUGUGCUUAUUGUAUUUAUGGAAAAGUUCUAUGUUUUAGCAGAAAUAUGAGUAGGAAUGACUUCAGUUUUGAAAGUCUCUAUUAACAUGAACUACUUGAUCCCUAAAGGUUGCCUUACAGUCUCUACAACAAAUUCUCCCAAAGUAUAAAUGCCUGGAUAUUAAAAUUAACCUCCACUGGUUUUCUUGGUGCCAUGGCUGUUUCCAGGGGCUUGGUAUACCAGGCUUUGUGUAAAGCUGCAGGACAGGGAUAGGAAAGGGAUUUCUGGUGACAGAUUUUGGGUGUCAGAGGAGCAGAACUACUUUUAAUUAGAUGUCAGCAGGUCUAUAAAAUACCUGCAUGGGAGGGACCAGUAUUUGGUGGGACAAGGAUGCAUAUCAGGAAGAAAGGUACCUUUUAGCAGUGUGGGAAAGAGAAUUUUUCAUUCCCUGCUCACUUCUGUCUUCCUUAGGUACUUUUCACACAAAUACUGUGAGAUCCUGUAAUUUUUUAGGCUCCCAAUAUCCUGAGUACAGUUCCUGGAUUAUUUCACCACUGGCUUGAGCUAGUUCAGUUUCUCCUCAGCUGUCCUGUCCACAAAUGCUUCUGCUUCACACCAAACCAAUGGGCAAGAGGAAGCCAGGUUUUAUUUAUGAAAUAUAUUGUUUAUGUACUUGAAACUUUUUUUUUCCCCUGUGUUUGGUGCCUAAUUGGUAAAGGCACAUUAUUUUUUGUCAGAGUGCAAGAA